CAUCAUGCUAACUCUGUUGUGCGUGGUUAGGAACCAAAGCUCUUUGGCAAUCAGCUGUAACAUCAUAAAGGACUCCACACUAGCACAACCAGCAGCAAUGAUUUCUAAUAUGAGAAAAGCAACUGACUUAGGCUGUUACUGGAACUCAGAAAAUGUCACCAGAGCAAAACUGCCCGUGGAAGUAAAUGUAUUUGACUCUGUAACACUGGAAGUGACCCAGAAUGUAAGUGGGAUUGUAUCUUGUGCCUGGGUUCUCCGAGACAACAGCGCGCCAUGCAGAGUGUUACAGAAUGGGAACAGCAGCCUCGUCGUUUCUUUGGAACUAGUAAGAAUGUCAGAGAAAGACUCCGGGGAAUAUAAACUCCUCAUUAACAAUAACAAUGUCAGCUACUCUGUGCAUAUUGAAUUAAAGGUUAAAGGCAAACCAAGGAAACCAUUUUUCACAGAAUCUCAGGGAACUGUGUGCUGCAUAUCUGAUGGAUACCCUGAACCCACUGUUUAUUGGUUAAUGCCCUCAUCCCCCCACGGCAGGUAUGAAAUCAAGAAUGGCACACACCAGUACAAUGGCACCAACACUGAUGGCAGUCACAGAGUAAUGAAUGAACUGGAUUCUCGCUUUCUGCUGGAAGAAUAUAUUUGGUGUUGUGCAACUAAUGCCUUUGGCACAGAAUGUACCCAAAUGUAUACAUUAGACCUUAAUUCUGAGAGAGACCUACCCAAAAUAUCUGUUACGGUUGGGGAGCCCUUUAUUAUAAGGUGUCGUGCUAUACAUGAAUCCUUUAAAUUUGGUGUAAAAUGGUCCUCUAACAGUACAGAUAAGCUGCACACCUUUGAAAAAACGUCAUAUGUUCGAAGCCCACAAGAGUCACGUAUGGUCAGAGUCUUAUUCGCAACAUCUUCACAGAUAAAGAAAGCAAACAGCGGCAUUUAUACCUGUUCCUCAACCCACCAACAAAGCAAGUCAGUCCAGGUUAUCCUCUUAGAUAAAGGUUUCAUUCGCCUGAAUACUUCAAGGGAAGAGUACACUAUUGACCAGAGCAAAGAGUUUUGUUUCCAUGUAACAUUCGAAGCAUACCCAGCAGCACGGUGUACGUGGCUUUACCAGUCCAGCCAUUUCCCAUGUGAAAACACUACGGAGGGAGCAAGCACGUCCAAGUACUGCAACCAUAAAUAUAUGCCUGGAGAGUAUACGUUCUACAUAGAAAAUGAAGAUGUGCAGCUCCACAAAACAUUCAUUUUACAUCUACUGAAGAAACCUGAGGUACAUAAAACUGAUGGAUCAAUGCAAGAUUACAUGUCUUGUACUUCUAGUGCCAACCCAUUAGCAGUUUGGUCAUGGAAGAGAAGCAGGGAAGAUCUUUCCAACUGCACAGAAGACAUUACUGGUGGCAUUUUGUAUGGAAUAGCAGAAAGGAUGUCUGACACUUGGAUAUCCAGGAGCAGCCUGUAUAUAGGAAACAUUACAGGGACCUUUUGGAUCUGUUGCUGUGCAAUUAAUUCUGCAGGGCUGACUUGUGAAAGGAUGCCUUUAAUAAAAGCCAUUGUUAAACAAAAUUCAUAUUUUAUUCCCGUGGUAACUUGUCUCUGUGCAAUAAGCAUCCUUUUCUUAAUUGCACUGAUUUAUAGCAAAUCCCAAAAGAAGAACCUCUAUCAAAGCCAGUUACAAAUGAUUCAGUACAUUGGCCCAUCAGACAAUGAAUACAUAUACAUUGAUUUCAGUAUCUUGGAGUAUGAUCUAAAAUGGGAGUUCCCUAGGGAAAAUCUGGAAUUUGGGAAAGUAUUAGGUUCUGGGGCGUUUGGAAGGGUGGUGACCGCAACCGCAUAUGGUAUUACCAAGCCAGGGGUCUCACUUCAAGUUGCUGUAAAAAUGCUCAAAGAGAAUGCUGAUGGUUCGGAAAAAGAUGCGCUUAUGUCAGAACUAAAGAUGAUGACUCAAAUUGGGCACCAUCAAAACAUAGUCAAUAUGCUGGGAGCGUGCACAGCGGCAGGACCUGUUUACCUAAUUUUUGAAUACUGUCGUCAUGGAGAUCUUCUAAAUUAUUUGAGAAAUGAACGAGAAACAUUUCACAAAACAUGGACAGAUGUUGUCAAGGACCAUAACUUUAGUUUCUACCAUAAUUUUACUCAGCACCAAAAACCCAGUGUGAGACGUGAAAGCCUCCUGGACAAUGGCUCUUACAUGGCCGAGAACAGAACACUGGUAUCUGGGAACAGUCAACAAAGAUGGGAUUUCUCAUUAAACUGUGAACAAAAUGACAAUCAGGAAGAAUUAAUCAAAUAUGAAAACACAAGAUGUUAUGAUGAAGAAGACCUGCAUGUUCUGACAUUUGAAGACCUGCUGUGCUUUUCAUAUCAAGUUGCCAAGGGGAUGGAGUUCCUUGAGUCAAAACUUUGUAUCCACAGGGAUCUCGCAGCAAGAAAUAUCCUGAUAACCAAUGGGAAAGUGGCCAAAAUAUGCGACUUUGGACUUGCUAGAGAUAUUGAGAAUGACUUAAACUAUGUGGUCAAAGGCAAUGCUCGUCUGCCAGUCAAAUGGAUGGCACCAGAAAGCAUAUUUGAAGGCAUAUAUACCAUAAAAAGUGAUGUGUGGUCAUAUGGCAUAUUACUGUGGGAGAUCUUUUCUCUUGGAAUUAAUCCCUAUCCUGGCAUUCAGGUUAAUGCCCAGUUCUACAAGCUCCUGCAAAGCGGAUUUAAAAUGGAACAGCCAUUCUACUCCACUAAUGAGAUAUAUUUCCUGAUGCAAUCCUGCUGGGCGUUUGAUUCUAGGAAAAGACCAUCUUUCCCACAGCUUGUUUCCUUUUUGGGAUAUCAGAUUUCAAAUACGGAAGCUUUGGUGUAUCAGAAUAUGGACCAGCCUAACGGACGGGAUUCCACCUGUCUGAAGAACAGUAUCAAUGAGAUGAACAGCACUAUUCUUCCUGCUCAGGAGUCUCCCUAAGCGGGAUAGGGGAGUGGUUCACUUACCCUUCAUGUCAUUGUUCACUUCCAGAUAGAGGUUUUACUUUGACAAAAGGUUGAAAUUGAUGAACACUUGUAUUUUUUUCAACUUCAACUACUAUGGCAUUAUAAUCCUACUGGUUCCAGGAGUUUGAAGCGGAGUUACAUGCCCCUUACUGGGUUUUCCUUUAAGAAACAGAUUAAUUAAUUCAACCAUCUGAAAGUGUUUCUUCUUUCCUAGGUUUUAGUGAUGUGUGGGCCAAUGGGUUAACCCAUGGGUUAGCCAGGUUCGUGCGGACGCCUGUGGCAUCAAAGGGGGCGGGUUGAUGAUAAAAGGGGCGGAACUAUAAAAUCACAGGA